CGCGUGCUCACUCAGUUGCAGAACAGAAACGAAUUCGCGCGCGUGCGCCGUCAGCUUCGGUUUCGAUUUGAAUUUUGGAUUAUUAUUUCGCAUUUGUCGGUCUGCACACAGCCCAAAGUGAAGUUCUUCUGAGAAUCGCCUCGCACAUAAAGCAAGGUUGCAGAAACAUACAUAGUAUACACGUGUAUUAAGCUAACCAAGAACAUGGAAGGUCAGGCCAAGCAAGCGUACUUCGUCAAUGAAGCAUUCAGUCAUGAAGAACACCCGCAUGGCGGAGGUGGGGACAAUCUGCAUCGACGGAAAAGCGGCGGCACCACCAAGGAACUGCAAUUGGAUUUGGGUCAGAACAAGAAGGGUCAGGAAUUGACUGGCCACAAUGGCAGUGACAAUGGCAGCAGCAGCCUGCCCAACAUUGACUUCGAUGACAUACUGCCGCUGAUUGGGGAAUUUGGCAGAUACCAGAAGAUCCUCUUCAUCUGCAUGAUACCGUUCUCGUUCUUCGUGGCCUUUGUGUACUUCUCGCAGAUAUUUCUCACGCUGAUACCCGAACAGCAUUGGUGCCAUGUCCCGGAGCUGGAUGGCCUGGAUGUGGAGGCCAGACUGGCGCUUUCUAUACCCAUGAUGAAUGGGGAAUACAACAAUUGUUACAUGUACGACGUGAACUAUACCGAAAUUAUGGCCCAGGGCAAGGUGAUGGCGGAUCCCAAGUGGCCGAAGGUGAAGUGUCGCAAUGGCUGGUCCUACAACUACACGGAGAUACCUUACUCGACGGUGGCCACCGAACAGAAUUGGGUGUGCGACGAUGCCGCCCUGCCCACCUAUGCCCAAUCCAUUUUCUUUCUUGGCGCCAUCGUGGGUGGCCUUCUGUUUGGAUGGGUGGCAGAUCGCUACGGGCGCAUUCCGGCACUGAUUGGCACCAAUCUUAUAGGACUUGUGGCUGGCGUGGGCACUGCCUUUGCCAACAGCUUUUGGGAAUUUGCCGCCAUGCGUUUCUUUGUGGGAUUCGCCUUUGACAAUUGCUUCACCAUGAUGUACAUACUGGUUCUGGAGUACGUGGGUCCCAAGUAUCGCACGUUUGUGGCCAACAUGUCCAUUGCCAUAUUCUUUACGGGCGCCGCUUGCCUGCUGCCGUGGAUUGCCUACUUUGUGGCCAACUGGAAGCUGCUGUCGAUCAUCACCUCCGCCCCGCUGCUGCUGGUUGUCUUCACGCCCCUGAUUGUGCCGGAGUCGGCACGCUGGCUGGUCGCCCAGGGCAAGGUGGACAAGGCCAUUUCGAUACUCAAGCAGCUGGAGCGACGCAAUGGCCGCCAGGUGCCCGCCCAGACGUAUCAGCAAUUUGCCGACAGCUGCCGCCGCAUGCGGGAGCAGGAGGCCCAGAAUGGCAGCUACUCCGUUCUCGAUCUGUUCAAGUCCCCCCGCCUGCGUCGCACCACGCUGCUGCUCAUCGUCAUCUGGAUGGCCAUAUCGCUGGUGUUCGACGGGCAUGUGAGGAACGUCGGCUCCCUGGGGCUGGACAUCUUCUUCACCUUUACGGUGGCAAGUUUCACGGAGCUGCCGGCUGAUACUCUCCUCACCGUGACCCUGGAUCGCUUUGGACGCCGCUGGUUGGCCUGUGGCUCGAUGGUCGCCAGCGGUGUAUUCAGUCUGUUGGCUACCGUGGUGCCCGUUGGCGUCUACUCCGCCGCCUUGGCCAUUAUGGGACGUUUCUUUGUCAAUAUCAGCUACAACAUUGGACUGCAGUGGGCGGCCGAGGUGCUGCCGACAGUGGUGCGUGCCCAGGCGGUGGCUUUCAUCCACAUCAUGGGCUAUGUGGCCAGCAUCAUUGCACCAUUCAUUGUGUACUUGGCCAAUAUUUCCACAGCUCUGCCGCUCAUAAUUUUGGGUCUGCUGGGCAUCGUUGGCGGUUUAUUGUCGCUGCUGCUGCCGGAGACGCUCAAUCACGAUUUGCCACAAACCCUCAGCGAUGGGGAGGAGUUUGGCAGGGGGCAGAGCAUUUGGGAUUUCCCCUGCCUGGCCAAACAGGUGGACGAGGACGAGGAGUCGCGAAGGAACACGGAUGUGGAAGUUCGUUCGCAGGCCUUUGUGAGGGGCACACAAACCGGAGCCUCCCUCACUGCCUCUACGGGCGGAGAGCUGCGCUCCAGCAUAUUGCGCAGAUCGGUGAAAUCGCGCAACUCGACGAAGCUCUAGGGGAUCAGAUCACAGUCCAUCCCAUAGCUCAUAGGUAGUCAAAACUCAAACAACUGUAGCCUUGCCUUGCAUUUUUAGCAUCAGCUAGCCUCUAAGCGUCUUUGAAGACUUUUGUGAUACUAGAAAUAAGAAAUUUCAUGCCGCCCCCUGAACAAAAACAUCAAAUAAAUAACGAAAUAAUA